AUGUGUUACCGUCAUAAUCCUAAUGUGAAUCCAGAAACGGUUGGAAAAUUGAAACUUAUGCUUGAUGAGUUCAACACACAUGCUAAAACAUUUAGGAUGGCAGCAGAUCGACUAAAAGAUUCUCAUGUACCCGAUCUAAAACUGAAAUUAAUCGCCGAUCGAUCCAAGGACGGAAGAGUUUAUAAUCAACCAACAGUUUCCGAAGUUGCCGCACUUAUCGUUGGUGAUGUUGAUACAGGUUCUAAGAGACAUAUUAUACUUGAGAGACAGAGUGGGAGGCUGAAAAGGAUAAGUGAGUUUCAUCCAAGUUAUCUUGCUUUACAAUAUCCAAUUUUGUUUCCAUAUGGCGAAGAUGGUUUUAGAAUUGGUAUUCUACACAGGGAAACAAAAGAAAAGACAAAGAAGAAUAAACUUACUAUCAGAGAAUGGCUUACGUUUCGGAUUCAAACCAGACCAACCGAAGCACACACACUUUUGAUGUCCAGGAGGCUUUUUCAGCAAUUUUUGGUUGAUGGUUUCACCAUGAUGGAGUCUCAAAGGUUGAAUUACAUGCGCAAGCACCAGAAAAAACUAAGAGUUUCAAAGUACAAUAAUUUGAACGGUCCAGAACAGGAUCAGAACACUCAAGGAGCAAACAAGGGUAAGAGGGUUGUUUUACCAUCAACUUAUGUUGGAAGUCGAAGAUACAUGGAGGAAUUAUAUAUAUACACUGUUGAGUUUCAAAAGAGGGGUUUACCACAUGCUCAUAUUUUGCUAUUCAUGCAUCUGCAAAGCAAGUAUCCCACUCCCGAGGACAUAAACAACAUCAUUUCAGCAGAGAUACCAUCAAAAGAAGAUGAAGUGGAAUUGUAUAAUCUGCCUCAGACCGCAGUUAAUCAGGAUGGAUAUCGUGUGUACCGAAGGAGGGAUACUGGAAACAUUGUUACGAUAAAAAACGUUGUUCUUGAUAACAGAUUUGUUGUUCCUCACAAUCCAUAUCUGUUGAAGAAAUUUCAAGCUCACAUUAAUAUGGAAUGGUGUAAUCAAGGUACUUCGGUUAAGUACUUAUUUAAAUAUAUAAACAAGGGGUAUGACAGGAUUACCGCUGCUGUCGUAGGAGACAACGACAGUCUUUUGACCGCUAAAAAUGGCGAUGAAAUCAAGCAGUAUCUUGAUUGUAGAUAUGUCUCACCAAGCGAAGCAUGUUGGAGAAUAUUUUCUUUUCCCAUUCAUGGAAGGUCUCCUGUAGUAGAAAGAUUAUAUUUUCAUCUUGAGGGCGAUAAUUCGGUAUAUUAUACCGAUUAUGAACUGAUAGAUGAGGUCCUUGAAAAACCAAGUGUGAAGGAAUCAUUGUUUACCGCUUGGAUGGAAGCAAACAAAACAUAUCCAGAGGCCAGAAAUCUGACCUACUCAAAUUUCCUCAGUAAGUUUGUUUAUGAUAAAAGAUACCAACGAUGGAGACCGCGUAAGAGAGGGCACACCAUUGGAAGACUAAUCUGGGUUCCUCCAAGUACAGGUGAGCUGUAUUACCUGAGAAUGAUGCUGACUGUUGCAAAAGGGCCAACAUGUUACGAGGAUAUAAAAAAGGUCGGUGGAAUUGUUCGGGACAGUUUUAGAGAUGCAUGUUUUGAAAUGGGAUUUCUUAAUGAUGACAAGGAAUAUGUUGCAGCCAUUGACGAGGCUAAAAAUUGGGGUUCGGGACAUUUUUUGAGAAAGUUAUUCGUAACUAUGCUACUGUCCGGUACAAUUAACAGACUGCGUCACGUUUGGCAAAAAACUUGGAAGACGCUGUCCGACGGUAUUCUGCACCAACAAAGACAGUUAACUAAUAUAAGAGAUAUGCAGUUAACAGAAGCUGAGUUGAAAAACUUGACACUCAUUGAGAUUGAGAAUAUGUUGCAAUCCAAUCGAAGAAGUUUGCACGAAUUCAAAGACAUGCCUUAUCCGGAUGCUUAUGUCACACGGCACAUUGGAAACAGACUGAUUUACGAAGAACAUGAUUACAAUACUGAAACUGAGCGAGAAAACUUCAACAAUCUCUUUCGAGCCCUUACAGGUGAUAAUUGA